AUGCCCAAGAACAAGACAACGGACAGUAAAGCAACCUGGCAGGACAGAGAAGUACUCUUCGACUUGCCCUUUUCAUAUCUAAGGCUACGCCCAGGGGAGAAAAUCUUCGACAGAAUAGAGCCCAUAGAAGACACGAAAGGAAACAGCGGGUCGAAGGGGCGGAUGGUGGUCACAAACUUGAGGAUUAUCUGGCAUUCGAUGAGUUCGCCGAGGAUCAAUCUGUCGAUCGGCCUCAACUGCAUCAUCUCUACAAGCACCAAGGUCGUAAACUCUGGUCUACGCGGCACUACUCAGGCACUGUACAUGCUAGCGGCUUACAAGACCAAUAAAUACGAGUUCAUAUUUACGAACCUGUCGCCUAACUGCGUGAGACACUACACGUCUGUAGUUGGAGUUCACAAAGCGUAUGCGGGUUCCAGAUUAUACCGUGACCUGAAACUUAGAAGCGCCAUAAUACAGAACAAACAGCUUCGGAUACUGCCUCUUGAAAAGAUAUGUCUGCACGAGCACGGCGUGUGGAAUUUGUCCAGCGAGUCCGGCAACCUUGGAAACCUGCUGGCGAGCAACGUACGCAUCGUGUGGUACGCGGAUGUCAACGAGGCGUUCAACGUUUCCAUGCCGUACAUCACAAUUGAAAGUAUUACAAUAAGGAACUCGAAGUUUGGCGAUGCCCUAGUGAUAGUUAUCCACGCAUCAUCAGGCGGUUACGUGUUGGGCUUCAGAGCUGACCCUCACGAAAGGCUGCAGCCGAUGCUCAGUGAGCUGCAAACCUUGCAUCAAGCUUACACCGAAAAACCAAUAUUUGGCGUGGAGAUGAAUUGGGCUACUGAGAUUCCCAAAAAUACAAGUGACGAGAUAGAGGAACUAGAAGAAAUCGGCGAACCCCGCGGAGAAAUGGGUCCGCAUUUGUACCUGGCAUCUCAACUAGCACAAAAUAAAGAAGAACCUAUACAACCUGUGUAUAGCCCUUAUUUGGGAUUAGCUAUAGAACCUUUGAAGGAAGGAUUCACACUUAAAAGUCUUUUCGAAGUACAGACUUCAACUUAA